AGUCGGCUCUCGGGAUGACAAGCCUCAGCCUAGCCCCCAUGGCUGUGGCCCCGACGCCCUCGGGCCCGCGGGUCCGCCGCGCGCCGAGCACGCUGGGCGCUGGCGUCACGCGGUCGAGUCCUGCCUGGUGCGAGGGUGGCGCGCGGUCCGCCGGGGCGACCCAGGAUUUUGUGCGCUGUUUGGCGCUUGGGUCGUUCUCCUCGCUAGCAUGGAGAAGCAGGAGUUUCAGAGGUUUCAGAUACCCCGCCAGUGUGAGGCAGAUUGCAAAGGCUGAGGGUGAGGGAAGUGCAAGUGCCAGUGUGACGGUGAAGGACCCGCGACGGAGCCCCGUGCGGCGCGCGCGGCGGGUCGUCGUGGCGUCGAUCGCCGUGGCGUGUGGACUGGUGGCGCUGCUCUACGCCACUAGCUUUGUGGAAGCGGCGAUGCAUAAGUUGUUUGCUCCGCCCAUGAAGGCCAAGUCUCCGGGCAUUGCCAUGAUCAUUGGCCUGGCGGUUGGUGCGUUGCACACUGUGGCAGGCCCUGACCACCUGGCGGCGCUGGCGCCACUGGUCAUCGGCAAGCGGCGGUCCGUCUUCGCGGCCUUCGGGCUGGGCGCGCUUUGGGGCUCAGGCCAUGCCACCGGGCAGCUGGUGAUUGGCCUGGGAUGCUUAGCGGUCCAUCUCGGCUUACUGCAGAUGCAUGUCGCCACGGCACUGCAGCAGAUGAGCGGCUUUCUAGUGGGUGCCUCCUUGAUCGCCAUCGGCUUGUUGGGGUUCAAGGAAGCCAAGGACUAUGACCCAACCGAGGAGGAGGAGACGGACACGGGGAAGUUCGGAUGGGCGACCUAUGCCACCGGCGUGGUGCAUGGCUUGUCUUUAGACGCCAUCAUUUUCAUCCUCCCAGCCUUCUCUCUGCCGCGCUUUGCUGCGGUGGUCCACGUCUUUGGCGUCGUCACGGGCACCCUCUUCUCCAUGGGAUGCUGCACGACUGUCCUCAGCCUCUUCUUCCGCCAGUCCCCGAGGCUGAAGUUGGUCUCCGUGAGCGCCUCAUCGAUCUCCCUCCUCUUGGGCUUGUGCAUCCUGAUGUCCUGCUGUGGGAUCUCGAUCCCGCUCCCUGGGCUUGGUUGAUGCUGAAAUCGUGGUGAAUCCUUGUGCUGAGAUCCUUGAUAGAAUGUUUGCAUGAGAAGAUUCGGCUUCACAAAUCUUGAACGAAUUUUCUAACUUAAGACAAGCACAA